AUACUGACAGUAAAUCGGUUCUUUAUUUAUUUCUUCUCAAAGAUAUUUGUUGUCAAAAGAAACUAAAAGAGUAUAUUAAAGGUACACUUAUUUAUCAAAACAACUAUAACUACCUAUGGGAUAAUUUCUGUAUUUUAUAUAAAAAGAGAACAAAUGAAAUAAAAAAAAAAUCUAAAAGGAUUUGGCAGUUGAAAAACAUAAAAUUAAAAAGUCGAAAAAGAUUUGGCGGUUAAAGCGUGAACAGUUUUUUUUUCUCGAUAAGUCAUUUUAUUGGUAAUAUUAUAUAGACGGAAUGUACAUCAGUGAUUGUCGUUGUAGAUGAAAAUAUUGUGAUAUAAUAAGAAUAGAUCAAUAUAAGGGAGAACAAUCGAGUUGUUGUUCAACAACGGAUAGUUACACACCAUGAUGAAAUUGACAAUAAUGUGCUUUGUUAUUCUGGGAAAUAUUGUGACAACAGACGCUGCAGCUCCGGUUAUUCAACAACUCCCAACGGAAAAGUACGUCAGUGACCUUGAAAGUGGGUCAAGGUUACUUUAUAUAUACACUGUGCAAGACCCCAACGGAAACUCCUUUACCUGUUCUAAUACAAUAUCAGCAGAAAAAGACGGCGUGGCCGUGCCAGGUACCUACGACCAAUUUGAUGUUUCUUUAAACGCAUUAACUGGAAAUUAUGAGCUGCGCACGACCGGUUUGACAGCGUUCGAUUUUGCAACUAUUGACAAGUUUUAUAACACGUUGCAAUGCACUGAUAUCAACGCCGAAGUCAGUCAAGCACUCGACGUUGAAGUGAACGUAGUGGAUAAUCAGUUGGUAACAGUCAACAAUGCAGAGGGCGCAGCAAACCUGUUAACGUUGAAUGCACUCGGCGUAGGCCAAAGGACUCUUGUAAAGACCAUCGACUCAACAUCCAGUAAUGAUAUAAAAUACAACAUGACCAUAGACCCAUCUGUAUCACCUGAGUUCUUUGUUAUAGAUUCAAGUACUGGGGAAAUCAGAACCAACCGGGAGCUAAAAUACCUAGACUCGUCCGUUCCUACCUUAGACUUCUCAAUCCGAGCAUAUGACACUGUGAACCAAAUUGAAAUAUUUUCUACACAAACAGUUAAUCUUGAUAAUCAGAAUACCAUACCGACUACUACAAACAUGAUAACUCCAUUAGCAGAAACAAAAAUAGAGACGCUAGCUGCUGGUACCACACUGUUCACGAUUUCAACUUCCGACCCAGACACAUCACAGACGCACACGUACAGGUACACCUGUACACCUAAAGCUGCAGAAGAUACCUUUGAAUUAGACACAAGUGGGAAUUUCAAGAUUGCGACAGGCAAGUCACUGAAUUAUGAAAGAAAUCCUUUUUUCAACUGUUCAUUCUGGAUAGACGACGGUAUACAUGAAGGAGGCCCUUUCAUCUAUGAACUUACCGUUGAAAAUAACAAUGAAGCGCCGUAUUUUUCAAACAUAAUGUAUCACGUGAGCACGCCGGAAGGUGCGAAAGGCGCCACAACUUUCGACGCUUCGUUUGACUGCCAAGAUGACGACACCGGUGACUCGAUCACUUACGACUUCAGGGCCAUCAACAAUAGCGACCGGUUUCAUGUACUGCCGAGUGGUCUAAUCGAAUUUAAUGUCGAUUAUGACGUUGAUAAUGCAUAUCCCACCGAGGAGGUUUUGACGGUGUACUGUAUUGAUUCUGGCCACAUUGACGGUAACCCUCUGACAGGUUCGGCACAAGUUACUAUAACCGUCACUGAUGUUAAUGAUAAUGAGCCAGUGUUUUCGUCCUCAUCUUACACGUUCAUAGUGACUGACACAACUACACCCGGAACUGCUAUAGGUGUUAUGGCAGUUACGGAUGCUGAUAGUACAACUAACGGGUAUGUCCGGUGUUCAGCAAGUUCGGGCUCCACUUACAGCACCUAUUUUGCCAUUGGCGCCAAUUGUAACGUGUACAGUACAAGACAAGUGGACUUUGCAGCUGGUACUCAAACUCAGUAUAUUGUCACGGCGAUUGACGACGGAAAUCCGCAAUUGACCGGAACUUCUACAGUUGCCAUCAUUUACCAGCAGACACCGACAACCACCACAACGCCCGCUCCAACUACCACGCCAUACAACUUUUUUGACCAUGCUGGUAAUAUUGUAUUGUUUGUAUUUUGUCUCUUAAUGGCGCUGGCUUUACUUGGAUUGCUCACAUGGUGUCUGAUGCAGUUUUGUUGCCCAGGGAUGUGCAAUUGCUUUGGGCGCGGAGGAAGAUCCCGGAGAUAUCCAGAUAGGCGGAGAGACGAUUAUAAUAACGAUAGAAGAAGAGAUGACUACAAGGAUAAUAGAAGAAGGGAUUCGGACGAAUAUGAUUCUCCAAAACGUAAAGAUGACAAAUCGACCAAGUCGAGAUGGUAAUGCAAGAAAGUCUGCUGUAAACACUGGCAAGUCUACUGUGAUAUACCGACAAGAUCAGCUGAAGUCCUUCUUUUCAUAUAUCUGCAUAUAUCGUAUAAUGUUCCAAAUUUUGUUAUAGGCGAAUUACCAUUUUCCGUUUUUAAAACUGAAA